AUGGGAAAGAAGUUCUCUCAUCCAGAUAAGAAAGUACGAGACAAGGCUGUCAUGGUUUUUUCACACUGGAUCGCUAAACAAGAUAAGCUCGACGAGAGUGAGCAUCUGAAAGUAUGGAAAGCGCUAUUUUACUGCUACUGGAUGUCUGAUAAAGUACCAAUACAACAGGAACUGGCAAAGAAACUGGCAGCGCUUAUUCACGAUUUCCCUAACACAGAACAAUCUGAAAGGUUUAUCUUGGCCUUCUACAAGACGAUGCAAAGAGAAUGGGCAGGAAUUGACAGACUUCGACUGGACAAAUUUUACAAUCUUAUCCGUUGUUUCCAGCUUGAGACCUUCCGGUACUUGGCUAAGCAGGGAUGGGAAGAGGAGGCUGUCGGGCGCAUCAACACCAUCAUAGAGGAAGGCCCUCUUUGUCUGAGAUCAGAGAAGUUCAUGUCUCUCGGGCUUCAGCUCCACAUGAUCGACAUCUUCCUCGAUGAGGUGACAGACGUGGUAGACGAUGGCAUGUCAGCAGACUCGUGGCUUCGGAUCAUGGAGCCAUACUUCAACAUGAUGAGGUCACAGUGCGACAAGAGUGUGUUUGACAGGAUCUAUCGCAGAAUCUUCUUG